UUCUUAUUCUUUCAUCAUUCGAGUAAUAGAAAUUUUAGCGAGUGGAAGUGUCUUUUAACACAGAAAAGUGGAAAAUCAGAAAUUAAGUCGCAGAUUUGAAUAGUUUUCGUCCGUCGUUCAAUAUUUCAUAUUUAGUGCUACAAACGAUAUUUAGCUGACAAAUAAUACAACAUAUUCCAGGGAAAUACUGCCAAUAAUCACAAUGGCCACGUCAUUUUCUAACUUUUCGUAUCAACGAUUUAUGCGGAAUAUGGGGCAAACAUUGGAGCCAAGCGUGCGAUACCAUUUGUCAAAAGUUUAUGGAUGCUUAACGGCAACGUGCGCUGCUGCAACCCUUGGUUCCAUGGUGCAUCUAAGUGGAAUAUGGCAUGCAGGAAUAAUGAGCGCCCUUAUAUCAAUGGGUUUGGUACUAGGUUUAAUUUUCACACCAGACAAUGGCAAAAAUUUUAGCGUUCGUCUCGCAUUACUUCUUGGGUUCGGAGCAUUUUCUGGUCACUCGUUGGGACUUCUGCUGGAGCAGGUUAUAUACAUCAAUCCGGCUAUCGUUGUGACGGCUCUCGUCGGAACGACUACCAUAUUCACCUGUCUAAGUGCUGCGGCAGUACUGGCAAAACGUGGCAGCUAUCUGUUCCUUGGAGGAAUCCUGAUGAGUACAUUGAGCGCAAUGGCCAUGAUCAGUAUUGCCAACUUAAUGUUCCGAUCUUACUUCGUACAAGAGCUUAACUUGUACGUAGGAUUUGCGGUGAUGUCCGGUUUCGUUCUUUUUGAUACUCAGAUGAUCAUGGAAAAGCAUCGCAUGGGAAGUAACGAUUGUAUUGCUCAUUCUCUUGACCUGUUCUACGAUGUCAUCAGCAUUUUCCGCCGCCUGUUGAUUAUACUUACCCAGAAGGAGCAGAACAACGAACGCAAGAAGAAGAAUACCAACUAAAGUUGGCGUUUUUGGAUAUUGGAAACUUUUUUAGGCGGUAGCACUACUACCACAACUGUACUGCGUAGAAAUUUGUUGUGUAACACGUUUUGUACUGGUCACCCUAGACUAUAUUCACUAAUGAUUGAAAAAUCUUUUUGAUGCGAUGGAAUCACAAUCUAUUAUUAUACUUGGGAAGAAGGGUGAUGUUGAAAGAACAUUUGUCAAAUUUUAAAUAACUGGAUGUUCUGUCGAAUCAUAGUUUGAUCGAUUCACCACUUUCUCAAACAUUUGUGAAUUUGUCUUUCAAAUUCCACACUACAUAUUAUCACUGGGAAUGUUGUGCAGCAUAGUUAACCAUCAUUAGAACUAGAAACUCAGCUGGUUAAUGUGUAAAACGAACAUCUAAUAUUUAUUGUUCUAUGAAUAAAAAUGAGUAUUUUCGGGAAUCCCAUA